UCCCCAUCUGGGGAACAAACUUCCCACAAGUGUGAGCUCAUAAUUACAAUAAAGUAAUACAUUUUCGAAAAGCUCACAUUUAUUUGAAAUAAGAUGAUGAACUUCACAGUGCAGUCCAAAGCAAUUUGGUGCGGUAAAUAACAGCGGAAGUAUUCAGGCGCGGACGACAAUAACGGAAGGACAGUGUUCCGCCAUAAGAAGUCGCAGCAUGAAGAAGGAACAAGUCCAACAUUGUCAGUUUUCUGUCUGGUAUCCGAUAUUUAAGCAACAUACAAUUAAAAGUGUGAUUCUUCCCCUGCCUCCGGAUGUCAUAGACUACUUCCUGGACGACGGGACCCUGGUAGUCCCUGGGAGUCACCACGCUGCACAGCAGACGCACAUCAACAGCGACUUGGAUGAAGAGGAAGACAUUCAGUGGUCAGAUGAUGAAACAACCACCACUGUCACAGCUCCCGAGUUCCCAGAAUUCACUGCUCAAGUGCUGGAGGCCAUAAAUGCUUUGGGCGGCCUUGUUUUUCCCAAACUCAAUUGGAGCGCUCCAAGGGACGCCAACUGGAUCGCACUGAACAGCUCCCUCCAGUGUCGCAGUCUGAGCGAAAUAUUUCUGCUCUUCAAAAGCUCCGACUUCAUCACCCGUGACCUCACGCAGCCAUUUCUUCACUGCAGCGACCAGGACUCCCCCGACCCAAACAUCAGUUACGAGCUGGUCUUGAGAAAAUGGAGUGAGCUGAUCCCCGGGGGAGAGUUCCGCUGCUUUGUGAAAGAAAACAAAUUGAUUGCCAUCUCCCAGAGAGACUACACUCAGUACUACCCUCACAUCCUGAAACAGGAAGAGUCCAUCCUUCACGCCAUUCUGGACUUCUUCAACCAGCGCAUCCAGCAUGCCUUCUUGGAUGAAGACUUCGUGUUGGAUGUGUACAGAGACAGCCAGGGGCGUGUGUGGCUCAUUGACCUGAACCCAUUUGGCGAGGUCACCGACUCACUUCUCUUCAGCUGGGAGGAGCUAACGUGUGGGGGAGGAGUCAGCCAGCAGCAGGAAGGCCCUGACUUCCGCUACACCACCAGUGAGGUGACGGUGCAGCCCAGUCCCUGCCUCAGCUACAGAAUCCCACGCGACUUUGCCGACCUGUCCACUGGAGAAGACGCCUAUAAACUCAUGGACUUCCUCAAACUGAAGAAAAGCCAAGAGGAGGAGUCGUCAGAUGAGGAUGUUGACGCUGCAAACUGACCUGAACUAAUGACUGGAUGACAUGUCCCAUCAUGCACCUCUCACAAUCAACACCUGCUAGCAUGUCACACUCUCAUCCCCCAUUAAACUUUCUCCUCACAUAUCCACUGUGCUGUCAAGUCUGCAAACUCACCUCACGAAUGGAGUGGGCUUUUUCUACCUCACGACCCCAAUCAGCUGAACCAGCUCCACCACUUCAAUUUGUGUAAGUGUGUGUCUUUUCUCCCCACUCUGCUGAAUUGAGAUAGCAAUUACAGCGGUUUAGUUUUAUCAUGAUCAUGACGUAGUAGCAGUGUCCUGCUUUGACCUGUGUAGUAGUGACUUCAUCCACACCAGGCUGCCCUCCUUUCCCACAGCACACCACUCAUUCAAUUUACACAUAUUAGCCGCACCAGACUAUAACCCGAAGAUAUAUACCUUGUGAAAUGAGUUAUUUUUGUUUAUUUACAUACCCUAAUUGUUUCUAAACAGUGUCUGUAACACGGCAGUAAAACGGCUGAUCAAACAAAACAGAAGUCAUGGUCAUGGCCGCAGAUAUAUACGUUGUGAAAUUAGUUAUUUUUGUUAAUUUACAUACCCUAAUUGUUUCC